ACUCUCUACCAUUUCUCACUCUAUCCUCUCUCUCUCUCUCUCUCCGCCAUGGCCUCAAUUACGGCGACCCCCACAGCUACAGUUGCGAAGCUCACAUACCUAUCGACGCCUUCACUCCAAAACCCCUCUUCGAAACCCGCCAAAAUUGCCCUAUCCUCAUCCUUCACUCCCUCAUCCACCACUCUUUUCCUCCACCCAACCCCCGCCGCCGUCCCCCGCUCCCUCCGCCGCUUCUCAAUCCGCGCCGCCCGAGGCAAGUUCGAGCGGAAGAAGCCCCACGUCAACAUCGGCACAAUCGGCCACGUCGACCACGGCAAGACAACCCUCACCGCCGCCCUCACCAUGGCCCUAGCCUCCCUCGGCAACUCCGCCCCCAAAAAGUACGACGAAAUCGACGCCGCCCCGGAGGAGAGAGCCCGCGGAAUCACAAUCAACACCGCCACUGUCGAGUACGAGACCGAGACCCGCCACUACGCCCACGUUGACUGCCCCGGCCACGCCGACUACGUGAAGAACAUGAUCACCGGCGCCGCCCAAAUGGACGGCGCAAUCCUCGUCUGCUCCGGCGCCGACGGCCCCAUGCCCCAGACCAAAGAACACAUCCUGCUCGCCAAACAAGUCGGAGUGCCCAACAUGGUGGUCUUCAUGAACAAACAGGACCAAGUCGACGAUGAAGAAUUGCUCGAAUUGGUCGAAUUAGAGAUAAGGGAACUCCUAUCCUCGUACGAAUUCCCCGGCGACGACAUCCCAAUCGUUUCCGGCUCUGCUCUCCUCGCUCUAGAAGCCCUAACCGCAAACCCCAAGAUUAAGAGGGGCGAAAAUCAAUGGGUGGAUAAAAUCUACCAAUUAAUGGACGAAGUCGACAGCUACAUUCCCAUUCCUACAAGACAAACCGACUUACCGUUCUUAAUGGCGGUCGAGGACGUUUUUUCCAUCACCGGCCGAGGCACAGUCGCCACGGGCCGGGUCGAGAGAGGUACGGUCAAGGUCGGAGAAACCGUGGAUCUCGUCGGGUUGAAGAACACGAGGAGCACAACCGUGACGGGCGUCGAGAUGUUCCAGAAGAUUCUAGACGAGGCGCAGGCCGGCGACAAUGUGGGCUUGCUAUUGAGAGGUGUUCAGAAGGACGAUAUCCAGAGAGGGAUGGUUUUGGCUAAAACCGGAACGAUUACGCCGCACAAUAAGUUUUCGGCGAUCGUGUACGUGUUGAAGAAGGAGGAAGGCGGAAGGCACUCCCCGUUUUUCACGGGGUACAGGCCUCAGUUCUACAUGAGAACCACUGAUGUCACGGGGAAAGUGACGAGCAUUAUGAACGAUAAGGACGAGGAGUCGAAGAUGGUUAUGCCCGGGGAUCGCGUGAAAAUGGAGGUGGAGCUUAUUACGCCGAUUGCUUGCGAGCAGGGGAUGAGAUUUGCUAUUAGGGAAGGUGGCAAGACUGUUGGCGCUGGUGUGAUUCAAUCCAUUAUCGAGUGAUGAAGUUGCUGAUUUUUUGCGGUGGAUGGAAGAAAGAUCGAGUAAUUGUCGUAUAUGGUGAAGUUUUCUUUUUUUUUUUCUUUUUUUUUUACUUUUCAUUUUGAGGUUAUGUUUUUAGUUUCUAGUUUAAGUGUUUACGCACAUUGUUAUGAUAAUUGACGAUUCAUUCGAAAUUUUGAUUUGUUUCGAUUGUUGAA